UCCCCACCCCCGAGUUACAGUUGAUGCAGGCCUCCAGCCGAGAGGAAGUGACCCCCAAGGCCUAGCUGUCCCGCGGGUGCAGGAGCAGAGGAGGGAGAAGAGGCCCCAGGUCCACAUGAUGAACUUGGGCGCUGGAGGGGCGCCCAGGCGGAUCCCACAGGAUCGCACAACAUCCGGAGACCCUUUGCCAAUGAGUCUUGGGUCUGCUUUUUAGAACUGGACAGACAGGAGAGCGGGGGAACGCACCAAGUAACGUUGGUCAGGGUCUUCCAACAGCCUUUUAAGUAGAACUUAAAACAUCCAUUUAAAAACAAAAUGCCUAAGGCCAGUCAUGCAGGUGGUAGCGGAGGUGCCCUGGUGGAACUGCAAGGUCAGAGGUUGGAAAGUACCAGCCGCUCCCAGGGGGAGAGAUGCGUCUUUCUACUCCCAUACAGAGUUACAGUUCUCCUCCCCCACAGGGUAGCAGUGAGUCAGAUCUCCCCAGUGACGGUGACGGUUGAGUGUGUGAUGUUGCUCAAAUCCUUGGCAGAGAACAGCUGUGUACAUUGCCGCUUAAUUACAUACACUUUUAAUUUUUUAAGUAAGCUUAACUUUGCACUGGUCCUGCCCUUUCUCAGCAAAAUAUGAAUUAUGCUGCAGCCAGUUUAAUCUUCCGGUUAUUGGAAGGGAGGCAGGCAAGAAUAAUGGCCCAUUCCCCAGAGGAGUUUGCUAAGGAGAGUCCGGAGCCCCGGUGGCACAGUGGUUACUGGUUGGGCUGCUAACCUCGCCCAGCAGCAGCUUCUCUGGAGAAAGAUGAGGCUUUCUACUCCCAAAAGAGUUGCAGUCUUGGAAGCCCCCAGGGGCGGUUCUAACCCGGCCUCUGGGGUUGCCGUGACUCAGUGGCAGUGAGUUGAGUUGAGUUGAAGGUUGGUUCUGCCCUGGUGCCUGCUGUGACUGUCACCAUUACCCGGUAGGAAAGUUGAUGAGGGGUCUGUGGGAGUCUGAGGCUCAGAGAGGCUUUUGGCGACUUGGUAAAGUAGAACCGGGCCAGGUCUCCCGGGCCUUUUCUCCUGGAGGUGACUGUUAUUCCACGGCCCUGUGGCAGGACACCUAUUCCCAUGCUUCUUACUGGGCUGCUGCAUCCCCAGCAGGGCUGUCUCCUAGAGAGCGCCCUGGGACAGCUCAGGAUGGGCUUGCUGAGCCUGACCACAUCCUGCCCAGGUGAAAUGGGAGCCAGGGAGGCAGGGAAAUGGUGCGGUGGUCACCUGCGACAGGCAAGGGGCUGUGCUGGCCAUGGUCAGGAUCCGGGUAAGAGGUGGAAGAUGAGCUGUCCUCUGGGCGGGGAGGUGCAGUGCCCUCGCUCUCCCUGGCUGGGGGAGGACUUUGUGAGAGCUCCCCCACCACCACCACUCAGCCCUUCUCUAGCUUGUUCACCACCCCGGAACGGACGAGCAUGUCGGCUGGCCCUCCAGUCCACUCUGUGUGAAGCUUUCAAAGGACCCAACAUGCUACAUGCCCCUCCGUGAGCUGGUCUCCCUACCUGUCAGCUGCAGCCCUUCCUGAACCUCUGGCUGUUUGGAAGUUCCUUUGCUAAGAUGAAGUGUGUCCUGGUGGCCACCGAGGGAGUGGAGGUCCUCUUCUACUGGAUGGACAAGGCGUUUGAAGAGAGUCUCCAGUUGAAGUUUGGGCGGUCAGAGAGUGAGGGAGAGGAGCUGCCUGCCCUGGAGGACAGGCUCAGCACCCUGCUGGCCCCGGUCAUCAUCUCCUCCAUGACGAUGCUGGAGAAGCUCUCUGACACGUACACCUGCUUCUCGACGGAGAAUGGCAACCACCUGUACGUCCUUCACCUGUUCGGAGAGUGCCUGUUCAUUGCCAUCAACGGAGACCACACGGAGGGCGAGGGGGAGCUGCGGCGGAAGCUGUACGUGCUCAAGCACCUGAUGGAGGUGCACUUUGGACUGAUCACCAUGGACAGCCAGCUGAUCCAGAAAGAGCUGCGGCCCCCAGACCUAGAGCGGCGCCGGCAGGUGUGGGAGCAUUUCCAGAGCCUGCUGUCCACCGCCAGCCGCCUGCGGGAGCAGGAGCAGUGGUUCGCUGUGGAGGCCGUGGAGCGGCUGAUCCACCCCCAGCUGUGCGAGCUGUGCAUAGAGGCCCUGGAGCGGCAUGUCGUCCACACUGUCAACACCAGCGCUGAGCGGGCAGGUGAGGAGGCUGUGCACGCCUUCCUGCUGGUGCACGCCAAGCUGCUGGCCUUCUACUCCAGCCAAAACGCCAGCUCGCUUCGCCCCGCUGACCUGCUGGCCCUUGUCCUCCUGGUACAGGACCUCUACCCCAGUGAUAGCACGGCGGAGGCCAACGAUGUGCAGGCCACCCCGCAGAGGACGCAGGGCAGCCCGAGCAUCCCUGUGUUGCAGCCCUGGAACCCCCACUCCGCACCAGCGGCCAGCAGCAGCUCGCCAGAGAUGGAGACAGACAGCUUCUCCCUCGAGGAGUACUUCACACCGGCGCCUUCCCCUGGCGAGCAGAGCUCAGGUAGCACCGUCUGGCUGGACGGGGACACCCCACCCCUCCAUGAUGAGCAGAUCCAGGUGGGAGAAGACCCCCUGCAGACGCUGGACUCCCACUCCCCAGCAGCGUCCAGCCCUAGAAGGAUUUUCCUGGAUGUCAGCGUGAGAGAGAAAUACUUCCCCCUGGUGCCCCACACCUUGUACUGCCUGCCCCUGUGGCCGGGCAUCAACCUGGUGUUCCUGACCAAGAGCCCGGGCACCCCCCUGGCCCUGGCCCUGUACGAGCUGCUGGAUGGGUUUUCCCUGUUGGAGAAGAAGCUGAAGGAGGGUCAGGAGACCGGAAGUGCUCUGCGGUCCCACCCCCUCGUGACAGACCUGCGCCAGAGGAUGGACAAGUUUGUCAAGAAUCGAGGGGGCCAGGAGAUUCAGAGCACCUGGCUGGAGUUUAAGACGAAGGCCUUCUCCAGAAAUGAGCCAGGAUCCUCCCGGGAGCUGCUCUCCACGUGCAGGAAGGUGCAGCAGCAGCUCUUCACCAUCUACCGGCUCAGCUUCCUGAGCACCGCGCCGGGUCGGGGCAGCCCCCACCUCCCCCAGCACCUGCAGGACCAAGCCCGGCAGCUCAUGCAAGAAAAGCUGGCGGACUGGAGGGACUUCUUGUUGGUGAAGAGCCGGCGCAACGUCACCAUGGUGUCCUACCUGGAAGACUUCCCGGGCCUGGUGCACUUCAUCUUCGUGGACCGCACAACUGGGCGCAUGGUAGCGCCUUCCCUCAGCACCAGUGAGCAGGCAUCUUCGGAGCUGGGCAAGGGACCCCUGGCAGCCUUCAUAAAAAACAAGGUGUGGUCUCUGAUCCAGCUGGCACGCAGGUACCUGCAGAAGGGCUAUACCACGCUGCUGUUCCGGGAGGGCGACUUCCACUGCUCCUACUUCCUGUGGUUCGAGAACGAGAUGGGCUCCAAGCUGCAGAUCAUGGAGGUGCCUGUCCUGGCUGAUGACUCGGUUCCCAUCGGCAUGCUGGGCGGGGACUAUUACAGGAAGCUCCUGCGUUAUUACAGCAAGAGCCACCUGGCUGAGGCUGUCAGGUGCUACGAGCUGCUGGCCCUCCAUCUGUCGGUCGUCCCCACAGACGUGGCGGUGCAGCAGGCAGGCGAGCUGGCCCGACGUCUGUGGGAGAGCUCCCACGUCCCCCUGCUCUAGGCCGUGCCAACUGACCAGCAGGCUCUCAGGUCGAUCCCCACCACCUGACGUUCCCCAUGUCAAGCAGCCGAUCUGGGCAGCCAUCCUAUAAUAGACAGAACACACACAUACACACACACACACACACCCCACCACCACCACCGCUACCACCCCUGAAAAGCCAGUGUUUUCUAAAGAGGAUCCUCUACACAGGUGGCCAGCAGGCCCUGAAAUCCUUCUCUGUGAAGGGCAAGGGAAGCCCGUGGGUGUCACCUGUCUCCUCAAAGCCAUCUCCCUGUCACCCCAGGAGACUGGAAAAGGUCCCAGUGCCUGAGGGGUGGGAAGACCCCCUCCUCCUGCUGCUCUCUGAAUGGGCAAAGCGCCCCUCCCUGCUUUCCUCCCAGAGAGAAGGUGCUUCCCUGCCUGCCACACCCAGUCCGAGGCUCUGGGCAAGUUUCUUACACGCUGAACCUGUUUCCUCACUGGUAAAAUGAUGUCACCCACCUCACAGGGUCCUUGUGAGGCUUACCAGGCACACAGUAGGUGCUCAAUAAAAGUCAGCAUUGUUAGUG